AUGGAAAGUCAAGUAUCCCUCCAUCUUGAAGAGACCAAGGCUCCUUCGCCCUCGAGCACUGUGAGCAAGACGCUUCUGACAACUGUGCCUCUUGUAUUAAAAACCCUGCCUUAUUUCGGCUGGGCAGAUGAGUGCAAGGUACUAAUGACACAGCUGAGGUCCCAAUCAAGAAGUCUCUGGUUCUCCCAAGAAGAUAGAUUACUUGCCCCCGUCACAGAUAAGUAUGGAAUCCAAAGGUUUCACCUCCAGAAGAGAGAAUUAUGAAUCACAAACUUAGGAGAGACUUCGAGGCCAACUGGAGAACCUCUUGAAGUCUCUGAACUGAACAGAUUAGUGAUCACUAAUGACUACAAGCUGUACCUUCUAGAUUUUGAUUUUAUGCAUGGAAAAGAGGUUGAAGGGCUUGGAGUUCUUAGAGAUUUCAUCAAAAGUAUCGACCUCAUUGCAUUGUCAAUCUCAAAAAUUAGUUCUUAUUUUAAAAGGCUUGAUGAAUACUAUGAUGAAGAAGAUACAUAUAGAGUGGAACAUCAAGAAAAGCAAUUAGAUCUCUUGUCCAAAGUUGCAGAAUUAUUGGACAAAGAAGUGAAGAAAACUCAAGAACAUGGGAGGACACUUUUAAGUUUCCCAAAACCUUUUGAAAUUAUUUGCGAUGAAUUCGAACAACCUAUCUAUGGAGCAAAGGACUCAGUAAUAUGCGACUAUAAUUCUGAUGCCCGCCUCUCUAUUGAAGAGAAAUGCCUCAAACAGCUCCAAUCUUAUGGUUUAUCUACCGAAUCUCUAUGAGACUAUUACAGCCAAGCUUUAGAAUUAAUGACUCCUCAAACGCUUUUCCAUAAGCUUGAGCAUUGUGGAUUAACGAUUGACUUAUCAGAGCUUUACAACAGAGAUGAAGCUAUGGGUUUUGAUGCUUUCGAAACAUGCUUCACACAACUAUUCGAAAGAAUGAAGAUUCAUGAGGAUUGUGUGGAAGAGGAAGACCUGAAACUACCCAAAGUUAAGCUAAAGUAUUGGUUUAAAAAGAGGGAAAUUGGGUAUAAAGAAGCAUUAAAAGCUCUGGAAUUCAUAUCUAGCUGCUUUCAUUACCUUAAAAAUAAAUGAGCUGCCAUAUCUCUGAAGAUUGAUAAAGGAUCUUGAUCAAACUAUGAAUAUGUCACAGGGGAAAGUUGCUAUUUAGGUGUUCAAGACGAACAUGGAACUCGGAUGAUAAUCUUCAAACUAGCUAAUUUUAACUGCAAGCUCUCUCAAGGCUUCACAAUAGAUCAAGGCUUUAUAAUUUUCAAAGAAUUUUAUCUUGAAUGAGAAGGAAUUGAAGAAGCAUCUCCGGCUGAUCUCGAAGAAGCAAAGCUUCUUACUGAAGAUCUCUCAGUUUUCAUUCCUUUGGAAGAAGUUAAAACUCUCAGUUUUGAUUUUUAUAAGGAUUCUGAACUUUUUAAAGGUCCAUUUCAGAAUUUGUCAGAAUUGAGAUUAGAAAUUUCCCCUUCAGCCUUAGAGGACUCAGACACUUACGAGAAGCUUCAAGUCUUCCAAAAUAAUACUAAGGUUUGGGUUGAAGUAGUAGGAAGAUAUACUAAAAAUGAUGUUCAAGAAGAAAGCAAAGUUGCAUUAUUUAAAGCUUUAGAGAGAUUUAACUUGCAAAGACUUGAUAUGAGACGACUGGAAAUUAAUAAUCAAGCUACAUUAGCUUCUCUGAACUCAUUUCUGGAGAAGACAAAUCCCACUAGUAUUUCUGUGGAAAUCAGAGCUUCUCAGAUUGAGAAUGAAGAAUUUGAGAGUUAGUUUAAUAUCCUUUCUGCUUCGUGCUUGAGUGAAGUCAAAAUAUGAAUUGUUAAAGCAUCUUUCGAUAUUAUAAAAAUUGCUGAAAAAUUAGUAGGGAAAAGAAUAGAUAAAAAUAUUGCUAUUAAAUUUGAAAAUGUUAUUGUUGAGCCUGAAAUAAAACCUACUCCAAUUUCAAAAUCUAUUAAAAAGAACAGACCAAAGAAAACUAAAAAGUUUAACAAGAAAUCUAAGCCAUUUAAAAGUCAACUUUAAAAGCUUGUAUAACAGACCAACCAAAGAAAAAGAAAAACAUAAAUCUAGCUUCUUGGAGACCAAUGCAAAAAUAAAAUUUUCAAGCAGAGAAUUCCAACUUUCGUUGGCAGCAGGUUCAGAAAGUUACAAAAGGUGUUCAAGGAUCAUAGAUUGAACUAUAAAGACUUUAAGAUGCAUCAGAUGCAGUGCUUGGAUUAAAGAACCAUUCA